UGAAGAUAAGGAAAAAAAAAAAAAAAAAGAGUGAUUAACUGAGUGAGUGAUGUUCCUCUAUUCUAAUCGUACCCCAUCUCACGGAUCUUGCCCCUUCUCUCUCUUCACCCUCCCACUAUAUAUACAAAUCCUCUGCAUCAUCUUUUACAGCAAAAGCUGAAUAAGGCUCAGAGAGAAAAGCUGUGAGGCUCUUCUGCAACACAAAACAUUCAUACAAUACAAUACAAUACCAGUUCAAAAGCAUCAUCCUUAUCCAUGGCUUCUUGGAAGAAAACCAUCACAACCCCAUUCAGGAAAGCUUGCAAGGUCUUCAACCAGCAGCCAAGUACCAGAGACCAGAAGAAGUCUCAACUUCAAGGGAAUGAGAAUAGUGUGACUGCUCUGCAUGGUGAAGUGAUGGCUUGUGGCUAUGAAGAUGUUCAGGUCAUGUGGUCUAUUCUGGACAAGUCCAACUCCUCAGCCUGCAACAUCACUUCUUAACAUAAAUGGCAGCUAAGCUAUUACCCAGUUUAGCCUAAUAUCUAUCUAGCUACCCCAAAAAAGAAAAUGACUCAAAAAAAAAAAAAAAAAAAAAAUCCACUUCAGCAAUUGGCAUGUAUUUCUGUGUAUGCCAAUUGGGUCAUCAUGGUUUUGCUUGCAUAGCAUACUGGUAUGUGUGCAAAUGUUACUUGUAGAUAGUGAUUUGUGUUGGGAUGAUGAUCUUGUGCUUCAAAAAGUGUGGUGGCAAGAAGAAGAAACCCAACUGAGGAAAAGAGAGCACACAAAAUUAAAGAAGGGUUUUGUGAGGAGUGAUUGCGAAAUUUCCCCCAUUGCCUGGAAGUUUUUUAGAUUGUAAUUGUCGAAAAAUAGGGAAUCCCUGUGAUUGAAUGAAAGAUUACAGUGAGAUUAUUAAUGGAAAUUUAGAAGGAUUGUUUUAA